AGCAGCUCGCGCAAAGGGAUGCUGCAGCCUGCAGGGAAGCAGUGCAGGAAAGAAUCCGAUUGUUUCACAUCUCAGAGACAGAAAAUUAAAUCGGUGCAUCUAUUCAUUUGUAUAAACUGCAAGUUAAGCCUCUCCGGGUGAUAUACAGAAGCUCUCGUGUCGUCGGGGACAGCUCGUCUUCGUCCGACCAGCUAGCCAUACCGUGCCAGUCCCGGGACUGUUGUGGAACAGGACGUGUCUGCGAGGGGUGCGACAGCCAGAGGAUGAACGCACGAGCACUGCAGUAAUGAUGCGUAUUAUUUUGGACUGUCUGAGGACUCCGAGGGCGAGAGCCCGAGAAGAAACUGGGGAUACGGGAGUCGUGGAAACGGAUGAAAGGGUCCUUGCCAAGACAGCAGAGAUCAGAGUAAGACGCCCGCAGCACCUGGCCCUGGAGCUAGAGAAUGCAGUGGCGCUGGAGAGUCUGGAGCUGCAGGAGCAGCAGCAGGACGUCCGGGACCUGGAGGAGACCCUGCUGAAGCUGGACCAGCACAAGGAGAAGCUGCAGCUGCAGAUCAAGAGCACCAGGCAGCUAUGUGUGGAGGAGAGUCAGAAGAUCCUGUCCCUGCAGGCUGAGGAGAGUAAGAAGGAGGGCCAGGUGGAGGAGUACGAGCGGGAGCUGGCGCGCGCCCGCUGGAGGCUGAAGAAGCUGCGGGAGGAGGUGAAGAACGCCAAGCGGCGGGCGGAGGAGGCGGGCCAGAGGAACAACCCGCUGCAGGACUCCAUCCGCCAGUCCUACGAGGAGAUCCUGCAGGAGGAGAACGCUCUGUGCUCUCUGUCGGGAGGAGCCGCCACUCCAGACAGCCAGCUGGACGAGUCCACGUCGCCCGCGGACACCACCGAAGACGACCCCCUCCCGCUGAGGCCCUGGGGCCGCAGCCAAUCACUGCCGGCGUACGCUGACUUCAUCAUGAGGACCAGCAGUUCUUCCUUCAAUAACAACCUGACAGGGACCAGAGAGGAAGUGGCUGAGAGUUCUCUGGAGGCCCCAAAGACGGAGGGAGCUGAGGGGGGGCCUGAACAGACCCAGAGGAGCACGGACGCGGAGAAGAAGACUAACAACGAGAAGGAAGCGCUGACAGCCAGCGCCAACCCCGUGGACCAACUGGACUUCUACAAACCCGACCCCUUCGUUCACGGUCAGGCCGAAGAUGAUCUUUUCAAUGAAGAUAUGUUCCCAAAGACGGAUUCCUCAGACGUCUUCGCCUCAGACCCCUUCAAAGGCACCGACCCGUUCGCGGCAGACAUCUUCUUCCCGCCGGGAUCAGACGAGGCGGCGGCGGCGGCGGUUGCCAACGACGACGCCGACACCAGCCUGUCGUGCGUCGAGCACAAAGCGUCCACGGGGACCCAGUGCUUCGAGUCCGAGUUCCCGGACGAGGACAGCGACAUCGAGAUCAGCUACAGCCGCGAGGACCUGGACGCCGUCGCCAUGGCGGCGGACGCCACGGACCGGGCGGCGCCGGCCGAGGCGCGGGGGUUCAAGCCCAUCCAGAGCUCCUCCGAGGACCUGGGGCUGGACGCGGCGUCCCGGGGCUGGCGGUCCCAGGGACAGUACUCGGUGGAGUCGGACCCCAACGGCUACGAGCUGGACCUGGCCGCCGUCUCCCCCCCCUCGGACAUCGAGGAGCUCAGCCUGGCCUCCCUGACCGGGGACGCGGCCGGCGGGAAGAACAACACCGCGGCGGUCAAAGGUCUGAGUACCGAUUCGGCUCAAUAUUCCCCUGAGCUGGCGCCCUCUGGUGCCGUACCUGACGCAUCCGACAUGACUCAGCUUGUCAUCACAGAGCAGCCCCUUUCCUGUGAGGUCACUUCCUGCCUAGAAGCACAGCCCCUUGAGUCAGAAACGGACAACAGCUUCGAGGUAGAACCCCAACUAACACUGGUUCACCACGACUCAGUCGAUGCUCCAAAUCCCUCGACGCAGAUCACUUCAGAGAUGAAUGAGUGCAGUUUCGAGAUGAGCUACCCAUCCACCCACUCCUCCUUUGACCCGUACGGGUUCAAACUGAGUCCGGAACAUUCCACUCACAGCCUUCUGGAUCCUGAUGAUGAGGAAGAUCUCAGCCCAGAAUCGAAUGAUCCUGAUUUGGCCUUUGACCCAGAACCCACCUCUUCUCAGCUCAACUUUGAUCGCUAUGGGUUUGACCUCAGCGUCUCCCGGGUAGCCAGUGAGGAUGUGGUUGACCCCUAUGGCUUUAAGCUGAGCCAGGAGGAAGAGAACCAGGAAGUACUUGAGGUGUGUAGCCAUGACGACCAGGAGGAGGUGGAACUUUGUAGCUUUACCAACGAGGAGCUAGUAGAACCUUAUAGUAACCAGGAAGUUGUGGAUCCAUUCGCCCAGGACAACCAGGAAGUGCUUGAACCAUGUAACCAAAACAAUCAGGAAAUGCUGGAUUUCUGUAGCAAUGGAAAUCAGGAGAUUUUGGAACCAAGUGUGUCCGAUACCAAGAAUGUUCUGGACUUGUUCAGCAUUCAGAACCAGGAGUUGGUUGACCUGUCUAGUCCUCUUAACCAGGAAGUGCUGGAACCCUUCUGCGAUGACAACCAGGAACCGAUGGUAUCUCACGACAAAGAUGAACAAGAACUACCACAGCAAUGUAACCAGGAAGUAGUAGAAACAAGUAUCCACAACAAGGAACCACGGGCUCCUUCCUAUUAUGAAAACCAGGAGGUUCUGGACUUCUGUGGCCAAGACAACCAGGAACUCCAAGGAUUCAGUAGAAACCAGGAACUGCAAGAUUACAGAAGCCAUGAUAACCAGGAGGUGCUGGACUUUCUAAGUAAUCAGGCUUUACCGGAGGCUAACAAUAACCACCACUGUGAGCAAGACUCAGAGAUGUACUUCAAUCCAGACACACAGUCCAACAUCUCCAACAGCACUGACCCUGCUAACAGCUCCGCCGGUGGUCCGGCCUCAGAGGUCUCCAACAGCCCCGAGGCCCUGCACCUGGAGGGUCUGGACCUCGGCAACACGACUGGCAGUACCAACAACUGCAACACCUACAAAGCUGACCUCCUCAGCAUGUCAGUAGACCAAGAGCAAGCCACGAGUAACAUGUCCACCAACAGCGACCCUGCCACAUUUAAUGUUUCUUCGGGCCAAAAUUUGUUACAAGGCGACUUAGGGUCCGUGUUUAGUGCCGGAGGCUACAUCGGCUGUGAUGACGUGGCUGAUGACCUGGAGCCCCUUCACCACAGACAGGGAAACCCUGUAGCAGAGCCAGUGGAACCAAUGGAACCAGUGCGGCCAGUGCAACCAGUGCGACCAGUGCGACCAAUGAGGCCUCCUCGUCCUUCGCUCUUGGCCAAGGAAAAGGCACAGUCGCAGACUCAGGGCGUGGACCUAAAGUGACCUGACCACUGGCCUACGAGUGUCAACCACCUGACCAACACAGCUGCCGUUUAUCAUAGCGUAAGUCACCACGGGUGGCAGGGGGAAGACAAGAAUCGAGGGAAACCUGCGGAGGGUACAAUUGAGAAAGGUCUUGUAAAAUAAAAUUGGGGGGAACAAAAAGAUAUUUAAACAGAAGGCUAUUGAUAUUUUUGCGAUUUAUGGUGUAACGGUUAAAUUACCAAAAAAAGAUAGCAGAAGAGACAAAAGAUUUUACACAGCUAUUAUUUCAUAGGACAGCACUAAUCACAAUGAACAUGUAUUUAUUUAUUAACUUUUUUUUCUGUAUUUAAUUAUUUAUUUAUUGAUCUACUCCAUUUUUGAAAAACAGCAACUCUGCUGAACAUUCCCAGAAUUGAGAUAAGGAAACAAAGAAGGAAAGACAUCUUUAGCAUACUAGUUAGGCCUACUGUAAAUGUCCCACGAGAAGAAAGGCUAAAUAAGUCCUAAAAAGUAUAAUUUUUUAUUUAUGUUAUUUAUGUACCUUGCUGCUAACACACUGUAAUGAGACUGAAGUUAUUUUUUGAAAAAAAAGCUUAUCAAUUUCCAAUGGGGAUUUUUUUAGGUGCUGGUGCCAUGUAAGUAGACUGUGUCAAAGGUAACAUGUAUAUAAAUAUAAUAUAAUCUACUCUAAAGAAGUAGUCUAUUGUGGUUAUGAUAAUUAUAUAGUUAACAAUAAGUAGUUAUAGCGUGUUAGGUCAGUGCCAUAGAGAGAGUUUGUUAUCAGGAUGUACAGCAAGCAUCAUGUUUCUGGAUUUGUGAGAUGUAAAGUAACGAUAACUGGCAUGCAAGGUUUCCUCCCUGGAAUUGCCCCGCAUUCUAAACAUCAUGUUGCCGUGUGAAUCGCCUGUCGGCCUGAGAAAGGUUGAGGGAAUGUUACUAAGCUAAUAUGGCUGCCACUGAACACUAGGAAUGCCCAAACUCUGCCUAUUGAAGGCUCUGGGUUUGAUGACAAAUGUAGCUAGUUCUAUUCUGUUGACAUGUCAACAAACUGUAUAUCUAACUGCAUGAACACCUUUAAUUUCCUUUUUAAAGGGCCCCAGAAAAUAAAAACUAAAGUUUUGACGCAAGUAACAAAAUUUGCCCUCUCCGCAACUUUCAACAAAUGUGUGGUGUAGUAAUGACAAGAUGCAAUCAUUUCUGUAUUGUUGUAUGCUAAUUUGUCUGAUCUUGUGGCCUACCCAAUAAUGCCAUUUUAUCAAGGACAUGUCUUUUAAAUUGUGUCAUACACAAAACAAUUACUGCCUGGUAAAAGACGAAAAUGCACACAAAAAACCCUUCUAACUUUUUAUUUGUCCCUAAUUCCCAGUAAAAAAGGGAAGAGGACCUUCUAAAGACAACAUGUCACCAGUCUUUUAUGCUGUUUACAAAUAUAUUCAAAUACACACUACCGUUAGAAUGUCUGAACUACCAUACCUUACCAACCUUAACUUUACCCAGCAUCAUACAACAGCAGUUAUUGAAGACAGAAUUCAGUGGAUGAGUUUCAGUUCAUGCCUACCUCACACACCCUCUCUGGUCUCGAACAUAACAACACUGUGAAAAUUAAACAUAUUCAAAAUGCAAAUCAAAAAAAUAAAUGCAAGUUAAUGUAAACACUGUACCCUUAACAACAUAUGCUGGUUGUCUAAACAGGGAAAUGAGAUACAAUUGUGAUAUCAUUAUUUAAGAAAUUAAAAUGUUUUUUUGCACGCAUUUUAAUUGUUUCGGUUUUAUAAUUUUUUUAAACCUAAAAAACCAAGGUAUAGUAAGACAAGGUUACUCAAGAUUCAUACAGUCCAGUAGGCCUAUGUAGUGAUGAAAGGGUCGUUUU